CGAGUCUGUACUGUCUAUGGUCUGUAUACAGUCUAUGUGCCGGGUUCUCUCUCUGGUUCCACCACGCACGUAGCUCAGUCACGCAUGAGUAAAUGUUGGUUUAAGACGUUUUUCGAAGAUAAACACGAUCCCACGUGUAAUCAGGCACAAACAGCAAAUCAGCAGACUUGACGGAGCAACGAACUUGUUGGAGGAAGGUAUGUGUUUGGACACAAACAGUAGCCUAUCCGAGAGCCAAACAUCCAAGGCAAUGGACCGCAGACUUCCAUUUAGUUCUGGCUGUGCUGAAACACACCAGGUUGAUCUGAGAGUGACUGUGAAAGAAGAAGAUAUAAAAGAGGAGGAAUAUGAUCAUGUGAUUACAUUUCAACAUGAUGAGGAAAAGCCCUUUGCAGAGUUUCACAGUAAAACUGAAACAGACGUCACAGACUCACCAAGGUCUACUUACAAUGAAAUACUACUGGUGAAGACUAAGGAGGAAGAAGAUGAAGAUGAAGAGGAGGAGCAGCAUGACCACCUGCUAGAAAAUGUAUCUGAACACCCACAUGUAACACAGAAGAUCCAUGGACUGAAUGAUGAACUCAACCUGCAACUCAAAGGAAGGCUGCACCACUGCACAGUCUGCAGGAGGAGUUUCACGACCCUCACUAAACUUGAGAAACACCAGCGAACACACUCAGUUAGGGUGAACGAAAAGGAGAAAAAGGAGAAGUCUCGGAAAAUGCCACAUAAAUAUUGUCAUUGUGGAAAAGCAUUCACAACACCCUCACUAGUCAACCACUGCAUGCUUACACAUACGGGAGAGAAGCCUCAUAAAUGUUCCCACUGUGGAAAAGGUUUUUCACACAGGUCAAGUCUUUCACGCCACAUGCUUGUACACAAAGGAGAGGAGCCUAAUAAAGGAAUGAAGCCACCUAGUGGAGAGAAAUCUCAUGAAUGUACCCAGUGUGGAAAAGGUUUUAGAUUGGCUGGAAACCUUAAAAUUCACAUGCUAGUACACACAGGAGAGAGGCAUCAUAAUUGUUCCCAGUGUGGAAAAUCAUUUAGAACAUCCCAAGAUCUUCAACGUCACAAGUUUACACAUACUGGAGAAAAGCCUCAUGAAUGUGUCCAGUGUGGAAAAUGGUUUUCAUACAGUUCAACUCUUAAAACCCACAUGUUCAUACACACUGGAGAGAAGCCUCAUAAAUGUACCCAGUGUGGAAAAGCUUUUUCACAAAUUUCAAAUCUUAAAAUCCACAUGCUAACACACACUGGAGAGAAGCCUCAUAAAUGUCUCCAUUGUGGAAAAGGUUUUAGAAAACGUUCCAAUCUUAAAAGCCACGUGCUAAGACACACUGGAGAGAAGCCUCAUACAUGUAACCAGUGUGGAAAAGUAUUUACACAAAUGGAAACCCUUAAAACCCAUAUGAUAACACACACUAGAGAGAAGCCUCAUAAAUGUGUUCAGUGUGGAAAAGCAUUUCCUCGCCCUUCAAAGCUUAAAACUCAUAUGCUAACUCACACUGGAGAGAAACCUCAUACAUGUGUUCAGUGUGGAAAAGCUUUUCCGCACUCUACAAAUCUUAAAACCCAUAUGCUAACUCACACUGGAGAGAAGCCUCAUAAAUGUGUUCAGUGUGGAAAAGCUUUUCUGCACUCUACAAAUCUUAAAACCCAUAUGCUAACUCACACUGGAGAGAAGCCUCAUGAAUGUGUCCAAUGUGGGAAAACGUUUUCAACAAUGUCUAGUCUUAAACGCCAUAUGCUAGUACACACUGGAGAGAAGUCUCAUAAGUGUAACCAGUGUGGGAAAGUAUUUACACACCUCCAAACUCUCCAAAAUCAUUUUUUAAUACAUACGGGAGAGAAGCCUCAUAAAUGUGUUUAUUGCGGAAAAGUAUUCAGAACAUCCCCAAACCUUAGAUGUCACAUACGUACACAUAUUGACAAGAGUCUUCAUAAAUGUGUCCAGUGUGGAAAAGAUUUUUUAGCAAUAUCUAGUCUUAAACGCCAUAUGCUAGCGCACACUUGAAGAGAUGAUUGUGGAGGUGGUGAAUAUGUUCAAAGUCAAAAUGGUAAAGUAAAAAUGGCUUUGAAUUGAAAAAUACUGGAAUGAAUCAAUUGAUUUAAUUAAUUUAAAUGGGAUUUGGUUAAAACAACAUUUAUAUGGUGAGAAAAUGACCAUUCUGAAUAAAUUAUAAUCUAUAGAUGAUGUACAAUGAGUUUCAUGUCAAUCAGUGGCCACUGGCUAGUUUAUUUUAUAUUGAAAAUUAUUAGAAAAGUUGACCAUUUUGAAGCAGAAUUUGUAUUUUCUUUUUUCUAUUUGUCUUUGUCAUGAACAUUAAGACUGCACAUAGGCCUAUGCCUAUUGAUACAAUAUUUGAUUGAUACAGCUUUUUCCUUUUCUUCUUUAUUAUUGACACAUAGGCCUGUCAGUCAUGAUGAUUGGCACCCUUGGGUGCUGAAUGAAUGGUCAUGUGAUAUGGGCCACACUCUUCCUGUUACCCACAUGCCUGACAAAGAUCCAGGGUGAUCGAAACGUUGCUAUGUUUUUAAAGUAAUAAAGUUUAUA